AUGAUUUGUAUAUUUUACCAUUUAAUAAUAUUUCUCGUGGGUUAUUUAUUACCAAUUGGGCUUUCUUUUCAUGGAUGGAAUAAUAAGAAAUAUGAUAUGGUAGAAUAUUAUCUAAAAUAUAUUUUUUUUUUUGUUAUUUUUGAAAAUAUGAUAACACCAUUAGUAGGAACAAUUAUUUAUAAAAUUAAUUCAUCUGUGUGGUGCUUUUUACACUUAUCUAUUUAUAUUAUUUUAAUUACUCCAAAAUUUAAUUAUUUAUAUUUAAUAUAUGAGACAGUUAGUAAAGUUACUAACCAGAAUAAUUUAACUUCAUUAUGGAAUAAUUAUUUAGUCAAACCUUUAAACGAUAAAAUUAACAAAGUUAUAAAAAAAGUGAAAAAUAUAUAA